AUGGCUUCAACAGAGGCCAUAAUUCAAUUCGGAAUCUUAACCCUAACCCUAUCAUUACUCUUCCUCAUGAAUUAUCUCCGCAACCACAAAACCCAAUCCAAAACUCGAACCCGCAACAAAAUCCGCCAACCCGAACCAAACCGCCACCUGAACCAAGCCUCCCGCCACCUGAACCGGGCCGGAUCCACCACAAACAAAACCCACCACGCCAAAAACGCUCUCUCAGAAGCCGAUCAAGCCCUCGCCAUAACCCCAAGGGAUCCCUCCGUCCACAUUCUCCGCGCCAGAGCACUCUACCUCAUGAACCACGGCACCUCCGCCAUCAAGUCCAUCGACACCGCUCUCUCUCUUCCGGCCGCGAAGUUUCUUCCCCCGGAACAGCGCGCCGAUGUGCUGGUUUUUAGGGCGGAGAUGAAACUUAGGUUGAAUCGGAAGCGGCGAGUUGAAUCGGCGAUGGAGGAUGUUGAAGAAGCGAUUAGAGUGAGUGGUGAAGAAGGUGAUAACUCGGAAGCGUUGUGUUUGUUGGGGAAAUGUUACGAAUGGAAAGAGAUGAGAGAAGAAGCGAAGAAUGUGUAUCGGAAGGUUCUUGAGGUUGAACCGGAUUCGGUUGAGGCUCGCAUUGGGUUGAAACGGUUAGGCCCGUAG